AUGGCUGCUGGCGUCGGCGAGUCGACUGUUGUCUCAAAUGCCUCAAAUUUGGCCAAGUACAUGGCCUUGGACCAGAAAGGCAAGGUUCUAGCAGAAUACAUCUGGAUUGAUGGGUCAAACGGCCUGCGAAACAAGACGAAGACCCUGAACAAGGCUCCCAAGAGCGUUGACGACCUCCCCGAAUGGAAUUUUGACGGCUCCUCCACCGGCCAGGCCCCGGGUGACAACUCUGAUGUCUACAUCCGACCGGUAGCCAUGUACCCGGACCCCAUCCGUCUGGGCGACAAUGUCUUGGUGAUGUGCGAGACCUGGGACCCCGACGGGACACCUAACAAAUUCAACUACCGUCAUGACGCUGCACGUUUGAUGGAGGCCAAUGCCCAGCACAAGGUGUGGUUUGGGUUGGAGCAAGAAUACACUCUCUUGGGACCGGACGGAUGGCCAUAUGGCUGGCCCAAGGGUGGCUUCCCCGGUCCUCAGGGCCCUUAUUACUGCGGUGUUGGCACUGGUCGUGUCUACUGCCGUGACAUCGUUGAGGCUCACCACAAGGCCUGCAUGUAUGCAGGUAUCGAGAUCUCUGGCACAAACGCUGAGGUCAUGCCCGCCCAGUGGGAAUACCAGGUUGGCCCUUGCGAAGGCAUUGACUUGGGUGAUCACCUCUGGGUUUCUCGAUGGCUCCUCCACCGUAUCUCGGAAGAGUUUGGCGCCAAAGUCACAUUCCAACCGAAGCCUAUCCCCGGCGAUUGGAACGGGGCUGGUCUCCACACCAAUGUCUCAACCAAGGAGAUGCGUGAAGAAGGUGGCAUGAAAGCCAUUGAGGAGGCUAUGAAGAAGCUUGAGAAGCGACACCACGAACAUAUCAAAGUUUAUGGUGAAGGCAACGAACUCCGGAUGACUGGUGCCCACGAAACUUCCAGUCUUGAGAAAUUCACCUGGGGUAUUGCUGACCGAGGUUCAUCUGUUCGCGUUCCCCGGGCCUGCGCCAAAGAAGGCAAAGGUUACUUCGAAGAUCGACGACCGGCUUCCAACGCUGACCCAUACCAGGUGACUGGCAUGAUCGUUGAGACCCUUUUCGGUUCGCUUCCGGAGGAGAAGUUCAACUAG